GCUGAAUCUGAAUCUGGAGUUUGCAAACAAAAUUUCCUGAAGCAUUCCGAGAUAUUUUCGCACUUUUUCCGUUUUUUGUGCCCGUAACUCGGAAACUACAUUUUAGCGAAAAGACCACCCUGAAUAAAGUUGAAGUAGACAGUUUUCUACAUUAUAUUUUUUUCUCCCUCAGGACUGUAGGACUAACGGGUGAGGAGCUAGAACAAGUUAGAAAUAGACCAAAUUUGCGUAUUUUGCAAAAAAAUAGUGCUCUUCGUCGGAUCUCGUAGAUAAUUCAUAAUCUACGUAUUAAUUAAAUUGUAUUUACUGCAGAGGGUCUUCCCAAUGAAACCUAUAACUAUAAUUAUAAUACAUUAUAAAAAUAGAUUAGAAUUAUUGACGUUCACAUUUGAUAUACCUAUCAAUAGCAUGCAAAGUAUUAUUGUUUCUAAAAAUAUAUCAUUAUUUGUAAAACCUAUUUUUUGACACUAUGAUAAUAUUGAUUUCAUUCCAACUAUAUCAAGAUAAUUUGACAGCAGAUGCCAUGUCCCUUCACACAAAUCUCCAAGAAAUAGGUGAUUUUUGGAAGGAUUUCGCAGAACUUUCUGCCCUCGCCAGAACUUACAAACCUAUUGAUUUGGGUCAAGGCUGCCCAAAUUUUGCACCAUCUCAAUUCAUCAAAGAUGCUCUAAUCCAAGCUGUUACCUCAGAUUCCACACAUCAAUACACCAACCCCUAUGGCCACCCAAGACUAGCAAACGUAUUGGCAAAACUGUAUUCCAGGCUGCUAAAUAGAAAUGUAGACUCCGCUAGUGAAAUUUUGAUCACUGCGGGGUCUAGUGAAGCUCUAUUCUGCUAUAUUAUUGGUCUGAUUGGAGCAGGUGACGAGGUUAUAGUUGUUCAGCCUUAUUUCCCAUUUUUCUCAGUUCUAAUUGAACUAGCAGGAGGGGUAGCAAAGUUUGUCACUUUGAAACGACCGAAUGGAGAUGGGUCCCAAUCAGCAUCCGAUUGGGUGUUGGAUUACGAAGAACUUGAGGGUGCCUUCACAGACAGGACCAAAGCUAUCAUAGUGAAUACUCCUAACAAUCCCAUUGGGAAAGUUUUUGACAGGUCAGAGCUGGAACGAAUAGCCGACCUUUGCAAGAAAUGGGAUGUUAUUUGCUUGGCAGAUGAAGUAUACGAGUGGAUGGUAUGGGAACCCAAAGAGCACAUAAGGAUUGCAUCUCUUCCUGGCAUGUAUGAAAGGACUAUCACAAUUGGCGCAGCAGAAAAAUCUUUUGGUGUAACUGGUUGGCAAAUUGGUUGGGCAUAUGGGCCACCAAGUUUGCUGAAAAAUUUGAAAAAAUUGCAUUUGCUAUCUGUCUUCAAUCCUAGCACCCCAUUACAGGAGGCUUUCGCGACUCUAUUUGAACAUGAAGAAGCGAAUUUUGGCGAGCCUCAGACCCAUUUUGUAACGAUGCAGAGGCAAUUGAAAGAAAAAAUGCACAUCAUUAUGGACUUGUUGAAAAAAACAGGUAUGGACCCGGUAAUGCCUGAUGGAGGAAUGUUUAUUGUUGCAGAUAUAUCCAAAUUAGCACCUCGAACAGAUCUGACUGCGGAAACUGAUGAUUACCUUGAUUUGCGUUUCGUGAAAUGGCUGAUCAAAAAGCACAAACUCCUUGGGAAUCCCAUGAGUUUAUUCUACGCUGGUGAAGAUAAAAGAAAAAACGAUCAUUUCAUCAGAUUUUGUUUUUACAAGAAUGAAGAUACUUUACAGAAAGCAGCAGAGAUAUUGACGAAGUUACGGGAUGAUUUAAAACUUUAAUAAACAGUUGAUACAUUAAUUUCUCCAUAAUAUCAUGAUGAAAAAUCCCCUCUCAACCAUCUUUUCGCAUCUCUGGAAUCGUUUCCAUAGGUUUUGCCAUAUCUAAAAAUCGAAAAUAUACUCUGUAGGUUAUUCAAGGUAGUGGAA